UAGUCAAAAAAAUUUCCACGGCAAAUCUUUUUGUCCCUCUUUCUAUUUCCAAAAUGUUGGGGGGGGUAUGAUGUCCCGAUAAUCCUAGGUUUGGUACAUUUAGGGGGAACCACUUCCCCUAUUGAAGUGAAAAAGAACAUAAUCGGCAUCAUGCACUCUCUGUUAUAAUGUAAAGGUUCUUUGUGAAUAUUGAUCACCUUGUCUUCCAAGAGCAACUUACAAUUCCAAUUCCCCUUAAAAAGGACUGGGAUCAUUUGAGUGCGAGGGACACUAGAAGGCAGGCUUCAUCUGGACAGAUUUACAGCCCCGUAAUAUGUCUGCCCUUCAUUUUAUUUGCAGGACAGAAGAUCGUGUCCCUUGAAAUCCUACGCUGGUGCAUUUCGCAGCUAAACAAUUCAUGAAUUAGCCUGUGAGAGGCAACUGCAUUGCCACCAGCGAGAGAGAGAGAGAGAGAGACUGCAGGAGAAAGAGAGGACGGGUUCAUCCCCCCUGUACAUGGAAAUUAGCCUGCCUGCACCCCAGUACAAAUGACAGGACUCACAGGUCCUGGCCUUUUCAUGCAGAUGAAGAAAGAAAAAAGAACCUCUGCAUGGAUGAUCCCACCUUGCUGCCCCUUGUGGAUGUUGAUAAGGGAUUUGCUAUCGCCCUCUUCUUGCUUCUCUGUGUGUUUCUUGCCAUGAUGAUCGUCCGUUGUGCAAGGCUCAUAAUGGACCCCUACAAGGACAUCCCAAACUCCAUGUGGGAAGACCAAUAAGCAGCACUGCCUUGAAGGACAGGAGACUUUCAUUGACUUGCGCAAAUGUAAAGCCUUCAAAGAAAUGGUCACUCCUUCCGCUUUAAAGUGAAUGAAAUGGGGUUAAUAGGAAAACGCCCUUUGUAAAUGCUGCCUGAGACAGAGGAAAAGAUUUGAUCACAUAAAAUAAGAGCUUUAUAUUUUUUACCUAGGAUAUUCCAGGUUAAGUGUCAGGAAAGAAUCCAUACUGUACUUCAGAAACUGGAGAAUUCUCUGCCCACUGUAGUUUUUAUUAAUCCUUUUUUUUGGGGGAGAGGGGGGUGUCAAAAUCUACCAUAUCUUCAGUUUCCUGAGGCCCACAGCCAAUCAGAAAGAGCUAAUUGUUUGUUUUUUUUUGUAAUAAUGCUAAUAGAGCUACUGAAGAUCAUUGUUAUCAAACCAUCAUUUAUUUACAUAGUGAUGCCAUAUUUACAAUCAUUUUAUAACAAACAGGUUGAUAGAUUAAGAAAUAAAGGUUACAGCAUGAGACUGAAGAUCUAAAGAGAUAAGGUUUGGAAUUUGUGAUGAUUCCUAUAGUAUGCGGACUUCUGAUAACACAGGGUACAUCGAAAGGUGGGCCUUUAAGAGAAUUUGAAGAUUGGGAGAGAAGAGGAAAGUGUGAUAAGUCAUGGUAGGCAAGUCAAGAUACAGACAGGAGCUCAGAGAAAGUCUCUCAGUCCAGGAGGCAAUAGGAAAAAGCAAAAUGUGGCUUGGGAUUUAGGAGAAGGCAACUAUUCAUAGCAGAAAGAUGGUAUUGGUAUUCAAACGACUAACUAUAGUUUCCUAGAGAAGUGAUGCUGAGCGAGUAAUGAGGACCUAAAACAGAGCCUUGAGGAACAUCAACAAAGAGUAAAGGGUGGUGGUGGUUAGCCAGGAAAAACAACAUGAAGAGCAAUAGUAGAUGAUGCCUAAAGUUUUGUUGCCUGGGCUCUAGUUCUAGAGGCAGCUGCAAAAUACUAAUAAUUGUCACCCAAUUCACUUGAAUGGAGAUUACUUGAAAACACUGGGUGCACCUUCUUAAUGGACAAUUAUCACUAAGAAAUGGUGACUGCUGUAUUUUGAGCAGAAACUCGCCCACAGUAGCCAUUCAAGUGAAUGGGCAUGAUUUCAAGUGUUAUGGCCCCUUACCCACAGACCUACAACAAGCCUUUGCCAGCAAAACGUGUCCCUUUGCUCUAAAGUGGGGAUUCCAACCCCCCUUUUUUUUUAACCUAUUUUUUACCUAAAAAGUUCCAGGGGAUGCCAAAUAUGGACUAGAUUGGCUAUUGGUAGCACCAAUGUGGACUGGUAAUCUACAGGAACUUUGGCAAUACACCUGGUUUUUAUGCAACCAAUUCAGGAAUUCAAAAAAAAGCAACUGUUUGAGGUCACUGGGAGCAACAUCUAAAGGGUUGGUGAGCAACAUGUUGCUUACAUUUUUUUUUUAUGUUACUGGUCCUUUAAGAGCUUUGUUGUGUCUACUGUCAUGCUUCCGUGUAUGUUGUUAUAUGGAGUUUUAUGUUUCUCAUUUAAAUUAUUGCAUCCAUUAUGUCCCCAACAGCCAUAUGUACUGUUUUCAAGCACAGCAUAAUCUGAAUAAACUCACCAUUUUAUUUACUGUAUUUAUUAAUUAAUAUGUUUACUUUGCCUUAUUUUUUGUUACUUUGCUUUCAUUUAAGCACAGUUAUCUCUA